UGUGAACAAUCGGCUCUCUGGAGACUCCGGGAUGAUCGAGGCGUUUCCAGCCGCCGUCUGGACUCCGGAUCUCCCGACAGCACUCGGCUCCUUCCUCUGCUCCUGGGGUUCCGACGACAUGAGCGCGGCGCAGACCCGGUGCGCUUUAGCGCCUUAAAGCUCCAGCAACAUGAGGAUGAAAACGGGCGGAAUGCGGCCAGGAUGAAGCGCAGACCCGAGUCUGGAGAGGAGCUUUUCUCUUUUUAAUCCGAGUCGUUUUUUUUUUAAAGAGCGGGGAUGAAGAAGGAGGAUCCUGGAUUGUGGAAAUCAUUUCCGGAUGAUUCUGAAUUCACGGAUACUGUAAUGUCUCUCACUUAUUUCGAAAUCAAUUGUCGGGAACAAAAGCAAACGACAAAGUUGUGUUUUUCCAUCGAUUUGCUUGAAAGAAUUACACCUACAUAUGGGAUUUUUUUCCUUUUUUUUUUUUCUUGGCUCUUAAAAGCAGCAUUAUUCUGUCAUUCUGUGGACCGUUACUGAAACUUGACCACCACUUUAUCUUAACCUUAUAAUCAAUAACAGCUCAUAUUAUUCACAAUGAACUGACUUUUUUUAAUUUUAGAAAUCCAUGUUAUUACAUUCUGCACAUGUAUCCGACAUUUCAGUCCUUACUGUGAAAGAACUGAAACAUCCUGAAUUUUUUACUAAUAUUUUUUUAAUUCUAUGAAGAUGGAUAAAAAAAGAUCAGGAGACAUGACAGUCCUCCAUGUGGGCCUUUUUGCUCUGGUUCUGCUCAGUCCAGUUACUGCCGCUCAGAGUGAAGAGAGGGAGUGUGCGUAUGCAGAACAGCAGGAUCUGUCCAAGCGCAUUGACGGAGGAGGAGAGGGGCGUGUCUUCCUGGAAAACAACACCAUUCGCUGCAGCCAGGGUGGGCGGUGCUAUGGAUUGUGGGAGAAAAAGCAGAAUGGCGUGCAUCUGGUCAAACAAGGUUGCUGGGGGUCCCAGGGUGACCAGCGGAUGUGCCAUGACGACCGUUGCCAGGUGACAGAGCCACCCUCCCAAAUCCAAAAUGGCACCUACCGUUUCUGCUGUUGUAGCAAAGACAUGUGCAACGUGAACUUCACCGAGGACUUUCCCCCACCCAAAUCCACCCCCGCACCGCCAGUCCCCACUCGUAUUGUCUACCGAGAGGAGGCCAUCUUGAUUGCCUUGGCAACUGUCUCCAUGGUAGCUGUCCUGGUUGUGCUGGUCUUUUUUUGCCUCCGUGUACUGAGAGGACGUGGUAAACAGAGUCUCCAUAACCUGAACAUGUUGGAGGCGGCUUUCUCUCCUCCAUCGCUGGACUUGGACAAUCUCAAGCUCCUGGAGCUGAUUGGGCGUGGCCGGUACGGGACGGUGUACCGUGGCUCCCUGGACGAGCGUUCUGUGGCGGUUAAAGUGUUCUCCAGCGUCAAUCGACAGCCGUUUGUUAACGAGCGCUCCAUCUACCGCCUCCUACUGGACCACGACAACAUCACACACUUCCUCGAGACGGAAGAACGAGUUGGAACCGACGGACAGCCCGAGUACCUGCUGAUCAUGGACUUCUACCCGCACGGUUCUCUCUGCACGUAUCUGAGCACAAGGACGGUCGACUGGUUGAGCUGCUGCCGUCUGGUCAUCUCUGUCACCAGAGGACUGGCUUACCUUCACACGGAGCUGGUGAAAGGAGACGUGUACAAGCCUGCCAUCUCCCACAGGGACCUGAACAGCAGGAACGUGUUGGUGAAACCAGACGGCUGCUGUGUGAUCAGUGAUUACGGCCUCUCCAUGGCUCUGACAGGAAAGAGACAGUCAGGUCAUGCGGAGGAGGACAACACGGCCAUCAGCGAGGUGGGAACUGUACGAUACAUGGCUCCGGAGGUGCUUGAGGGAGCUGUGAAUCUGCGAGACUGCGAGGCUGCACUAAAACAAGUGGAUGUUUAUGCUCUCGGUCUGCUGUUCUGGGAAAGCUUCAUGCGCUGUGCUGAUCUCUUCCCAGGAGAAUCCGUGCCCACGUUCCAGCUGGCCUUCCAGGCUGAGGCGGGGAAUCAUCCGACCAUAGAGGAAAUGCAGGCGCUGGUGUCCCGCCAUAAACAGAGACCCAAAUUUCCUGAAGCCUGGAAGGAGAACAGUCUUGCCGUGCGAUCUCUGAAGGAGACGAUGGAGGACUGCUGGGAUCAGGACGCCGAGGCUCGGCUCACGGCUCAGUGUGCGGAGGAGCGGCUGGCUGAACUGCUCGUCCUCUGGGAACGAGAAAAAUCCACCAGCCCUGCUGUGAACAUCAGCACAGCCCUGCACAACCACAGGAACUUUUCACAUGGACAUCAAGCACCAAAGACUGGCUCCUACCCGGAAACCUCGUCUUCAGCUACUGUUGAGGAAAGAGAGGGCGGAGCUAAGCCUCCUCACAGUGAUGCAUCUACAGAACCUGUGCUGAUGGGAGGAGCUGCAGAGAAGAACAGGAACUGCAUCAACUACGAGCGUCAACAGGCCCAGUCUGGGAUGUCAGGGCUUGACGGUGUCACGUCCGUCCCCCUCUCUAAACCCGUCCCAGUGGUGGGCGGCGGCCGUCCCCUCCAUGCCCAGCUCACCCAGGAGGACCUGGAGACCCCUAAACUGGACCUGAGCGAGGUGCAGCGGAACCUGCGCGAGAGCUCCGACGAGAGCCUGAUGGAGCACUCGCAAAAACAGUUCAGCUCUGGUGAAAUGGCAAACUUGCACAGUCCCUUCUACCCGCUCGCAGACAUGACAGCUGACAUCACGGGGUCGCAGGUUCCCACGCCCACGUCCGUCCUGCCCAAGCAGCAAAACGUCCCGAAGAGACCCAGCAGUCUGAGCCUGCACUCUAAACCUGCUGCGGCUUCGUCUCUCAGGAUGAAGUUUGGCAAGCUGAGCAAAAGCAAUCUGAAGAAAACCGAUGUGGGCGUGGUCAGAACUAAAUCCGCUCCCGAGCCACGGCUGGUUAAGGUUAUCGCCAACAACGCAGUCUCCUCAAUAAUGGCAAAUUUAACCACGCAGGUGCCACCAGGGGGCACUGUGAGCGCCGCUGAAUCUCAGGGUAAAGACGGUGCGAGCUCAGAUGAGAUGAGCUUCGGAAUCCUGACCGCCAGUCCGGACGAGCAGGAGCCCCUGCUGAGGAGAGACACGCAACUGGAAAACAACACCAACAACAACAACAGCAAUAACAACGGCGGAGACGGCGAGGGUGACGGAGAGAGUGAGGGCGGAGCCGGAGAGGGAGGAGAGACCGAUGAGAACGCCGCACCAGUGGUAGAGACUUCCUCCGCAUGUGUAACAGAACCUCCUGCACCGCCUCCUCCACGCCCACCUGCCCCACCCAUGACCACGCCCGAGCCGACGCCCGUGGCACUGACGCAAGGGGAGGCGCUGCUCAGACAGAACCGUGGACGCAGACCCGAGAGACCGAACUCACUGGACCUGUCCAUCACCACGCUGCCCUUACUGGACUGCGACGGGAAAGAGGGAUCAGGAGACAAGAUUAAAAAACGAGUGAAGACCCCCUAUGCUCUGAAGAAGUGGCGUCCGGCAACUUGGGUCAUCACCACGGAUACGCUGGACGCCGAAGUGAACAACAACAAGUGUCCCGGAGGUCAGAACCACAACGCUGGAACCAGCAGAGCCAAAUCAGCCUCUGCGGUUUACCUGAGGGGCCCCGGGGGCGUGGCCUCCGGCUUCACCUCCGACCCCAGCGACUGCACCUUUUAAAGCUCACAUUUCCCCAGAGACCUGCUUAGACUCUUUUGCGAGAUCCAUGGGCAUUCCAGGACAUGACGCUUGUGUCCAGUGGAGAAUCAUAGAUGCACUUGGACUUUAGAAAGAAAUCUCUGAAUAUGCACAGCCGUGUACAAGUUCAGUGUUACUGUUGUAUCUCAUAUCUCUGACGUGUGUUUAUGUGGGUUUUUUGUGUGCUGCACUUGAACAUGCGGGCUGAUUUACGCUUCUGCAUCUAACAUCCUAUUUACAUGUAAUAUAGACGUGUACACUAGGGGGCAGUGUCGCAUGUACAAACUCAGAAUGUACUGGCGUGGAGAGGAUAGAGCUGAGAGAAGUGGAGUACACUUUCAAUCCACAGAGAUGCCUACAUUUACGCUUCAGCUGGAGCUUUUACCAAUACUGACUCCUUUCUAAGGCGAUGCGGGAAACACCCGAAAAUGACUCUUUCUGCUUUUUUCUGAUAAAUAUUCAACUAACAAUUCCCCCACCAAAAAGCAGUGGAAAGGACGUAGGACAUGAAAAAUGUGCAUUUGCUUCCGAUAGCAGCUAUUUUCGGUUUGCGCUGAGUUUAUUUAGGUAGACUGUGAAAUCACUAAUCACUUUUUUUUGUCUGUAAAGGAGCUGCUUAUUUUUAGUACGUAGCACUGGACUGGAAUUUUGCGUCGCCAUUUUCAUACUGGAAAAAAAAAAAUUAGCCGACUCUUCCACCGACAUACGCUAGGGUUUUGUGGUCAACCUCUGUCUUUUUUUUCUCUUUAGGUUCUCUGAUUGUCGUGUUAUCGAUGUUGGCAGCUCUAUAGAGUCGAUUAUAUUGUCACACCUCGCCUGCCAGUGAUCCUCCAUUUUGUUUUGGUUUGGGUCUGAGUUUUUGCUCAUGUUUUAUAUUAUUUUUACCAGAUACACUUCUCUGCUCAACCAAUAAGCUUAUCCGUAAUCCACUUCUUUGUGUCUUGGCACAAAAAUAUUUACAUACAUGCAUCUUUGCAGAAGUAUAAAUCAGCCCUAACAAUCGUACAUCUUGAUUCUGUUUCGACCAUAAUAUAAUUACGGUCCCUAAAACUAAAGAAAUGAUGGACAGACGAGCUUGUUGUAAUGUUUUCUCAAUAUUGUAAUCAAUAUAUAAAAGAGCACAUCAUGAUAUAUAACGUGCACAUGAUUUCUAUUUGAUCAACACAGCAAAUGUGCUAGCAGUGCUAAGCCCCUCCCCCCUUUUUGACAGCUAAAAAGACAUCAAUAUAAUGUUUCAUUUUUGGCAACUAAAUCAGAUUAUUUACUCUUAACAAAACUUUUAAAGCAGAUUAUUGUGUGUAUUUGUGUAACUGAGCAUGACAGCACCACCAACAAUCGUAAAAAACACACAGAAUGGUAUAAAGAAGCGAGAAGCGAGGCCGGGGCUGAUUUCUUUCUAGCUCAGACUGUAGACUCAUGCAGCCAAUCAGUGACAGUCAUGUCAAGUGUUUAUACAGACUGACACACCUCCUAGAUUUCUCAAUUUGAAUAGCUUUAUUAUUGAGGUAUUGACAGAUAUUAGAUUUUAUUUUCCUUCUAAUAUCACCACCAGCUGUCACUAUGUAUAGAUAAAUCCUCACUUUACACUCCAUACUGCCUCUAACUGUUAAAAAAAAUCUCUGCCAAUUUUUUCCACUUUCCUGUUUAGACACAAGAUGAGAAAUCAGGAAGACGAGAAAACCUUCUACUAUUCCACUUCAAAAAUAUUCACGCUUUGCCCCACAAUUAGGGCCGGAUAAUUGGACAAGAACAUGGACAAAAUUUUUCAUAUAAGAAUGGGAGCGUGUGGUGUGAUAUUUGGUGGAAAGGAUUAGAAAUUUACUGAACUUUAAAUGUUUCUAAAAUGUAAUGUUUUAAGACAUUUGUUUCAAUAACAUUGCUUCUGUAUCAUUAGCUAAGUUAGCUAACAUUUAAGUUAGCCAACUUUAUUCAAAAUCUGAAACAUUAUGUAACAACGGGACGCCUUUUAAUAAAAUAAUUCGCAUAAUUUAAAAAUAAAAUUGAAUUUGGGGGAAAAAAUUAAUAUUUUCAUAGGUCCAUAGACUUUCACAAGUUAUUAGAAAUGAAUCAGAAAAUUAUCUCGUCUCAGGUAAGAAGAUAAACUGUGGCUCUGAUUGACUAAGAUCCCAAAUAAUGAGCGCUAAUUUGUUAUGUAUUUAGAUGAUUUACACAGAUUAAUUGUGUAAAUUACGUUACAUGUGAAAUCGGGGUAGAAAACAAUAUUUAAACCAGGUUUUUGAAGCCGCUGUGUGUUCUCGAUAGCCGUGAAACUGAAACUAACCCUUGUCUCAUGUGUAUAAUUGCGUGUCUAAUAUAAUGUCAAUUCAUUGAAAUGUGUCGAAAAACUGUUUAAAAUAUUGUCAGCAUCGGAGAUGUGAAAGUGCGUUGAAUAUUUAAUAUCAAACCAACUUUGCUGUCAUUUGAAGAAACUUUUUAAUCAUUUUGAGAUACUGGAGCACAAUCUUGAUAAAUGUUCUCGUUAUUAACUCCUUGUAUAUGCUAUAAUUUUGUCUUCAUCUGCCAGAAAUGAACUUCUGCUAAUUUAAUACUUGCCCUUCGCUCGUAAUUAUUUGCACAUCCAAUCACUGUUUGGGAAGUGAUUUUCAGGUUUAGUAAAUCACUCUGCAUGUGAUAAAUGAAUUUCUUUGCAUUGACCCCGCCCUGUAUUUAGCACUUUUAUGUAAAAAACGUCCCAAAUUGCAUAUUUGUUAAGGUAAACACGCAAAAAUGGACAGCACACGCUAUUUUAUGAAAGAAAUAACGCUCCGUAAAGCUUGUUAGUAUAUCAGCUUGCACAUUUUUUUUGUUUUAUUAGGUUUGCAUGUGUUUUAAUACACACAGAACAUUUAGUAAACACUAAACACUUAAGCAAGAAAAAAGGGGAGACAUUUUUGUGACAUUUACCCAUGUGCUGCAUUUGUUUGCUUUCUAUGGAUGGAGAUUUGCAAUUGGAUAACAUGAUAAUGGACCUGUUGAGAUGUGUGUGUGUGAGUGUGUGUGUGUGUGUGUGUGUGCGUGUGAGAGAGAGUGUGAGAGAGAGAGUCAGAUUAUAUGUUCAUCUGUCUUUCAGUAAGUGUAUGUGAAUAAUUUUCAUCAUGCAUGUCUAUAUGUGUGUGUUUGUGUACAUGUGGACGUUCACAUUAAAGGACAAAAAGCAGGACAUGUCAGAGGUCAGAGGUCAGAUCAAUCUCUAUGCACAAAGACACGCCCUAAAGCAGCUCUGAGCUCACAUCGGUCACUAAAACACUCAAGGACACUGCUGACGUUUUCUCCUUCUUCUGACUGCUGCAUGGAUUAAAUGCUUUUUUUUUCAGGAGCACAAUAUUACCUUUGACUUUGAGAAGCCCUCAGUUUCCAUGUGUGUGUAGUUUUUUUUAUGUUCUGCUGUCAUAUGUGUGUUCAGUGUUGUUUCAGUCUGUCAUUUGAUUGGUCAGCUCCUUACGCCUGUGAUGAGAAUGCCACCUCGGUGUACACUUUGGAAUUUGUGAUUUCUAUCGGAUUGCAAAACUGUAUCGUUGCUGCAUUUUAAUAAAUAAUGCUUUGCAUUC